AUGGCCUGUGAUAACGGGACCACCCUCUUUCCUCUGAGAUGCAGCUCCCUGUAUCGUACCUUCUCGCUGCGCAUUCGGCCGAUUUUUGACGUGGACCCCAUUCGACCCGAAUCACCUUUGAUGAAACCCAAAGUACUGAUAGCCAUCAUUGCCCGAAAUGCAGAGCACAGCUUACCAUUUUAUCUGGGAUGCAUAGACAGACUGGACUACCCCAAAGACCGCAUCGCGAUAUGGGCGGCAACGGAUCACAAUGUGGACAACACCACGGCUAUGCUGGAGGAGUGGCUGGGUGGGGUGGAGGGCCUGUACCACUCUGUGGAGUUCAGGACGGGGGAAGACCCACGUCCCUUCCUGGGUGAGCAGGGGCCAAAGCACUGGACGGACUCCAGGUACACCCAUGUGCUGCAGCUGAGGCAGGCAGCCCUGCGGACGGCCCGGGACAUGUGGGCAGACUACAUACUGUUUGCAGACAGUGACAUCUUGCUGACGAACCCGCACGUGUUGACGCUCCUGAUGGCAGAGAAUAAGACGCUGGUGGCCCCCAUGCUGGAGACACACACCCUCUACUCCAACUUCUGGUGCGGCAUGACACCCCAGGGUUACUACAAGCGCACCCCGGAGUACAUCCCUAUCCGAGACUGGAAGCGCUUGGGUUGCCACGCCGUUCCCAUGGUGCACACAUCUUACCUGGUGGAUCUGCGCAGGAGGGCCAGCAGAGACCUGGCCUUCUACCCACCACAUCACCUGUACCCUUGGACACUGGAUGACAUCAUGGCUCUCGCCUUCUCGGCCAGGCAGGCAGCCGUUCAGAUGUUCCUGUCCAACAGAGAGCAUUAUGGGUACAUGCCAUUGCCAGUGAAGCCAGAUCAGACACUGGAGGAUGAAGUGGAGAGCUUUUCACACACUGUCUCAGAGGCGUUGAUUGAGCAUGUCCUGGGAACAUCACAAUACCUGCGCACGUUGCCAAAGCCGAGGGACAGGAUGGUGUUUGAUGAGAUCUACCUCAUCAACCUGCGGCGACGGCAGGACCGGAGGGAGAGGAUGCUUAGCACACUUGACGCUCUGGGCCUGGAGGCCACUCUCACUGAUGCAGUGGAUGGCAAAGCUCUAAACUCUUCCCAGUUGGUGGCGAUGGGCAUUGAUAUGUUACCUGGUUACAUUGACCCCUAUUCCGGUCGUGUACUCACCAGAGGAGAGAUCGGUUGUUUCCUCAGCCAUUACAACAUUUGGAAACAGAUGUUGGCUAAGGGGCAGCAGCAGGUGCUGCUCCUGGAGGAUGAUGUGAGGUUUGUGAGCCGCUUCAAGACCCGCCUGCUGACCAUCAUGCAGGACGUGGAGGCAGCUGGCCUGGACUGGGACCUCAUUUACGUGGGCCGCAAGCGUCUGCAGGUGAAAGACCCCGAGCGCUGGGUGAAGGGGGUGAUGAACUUGGUACACCCCGACUAUUCCUAUUGGACGCUGGGGUACGCCCUCUCUCAGCGGGGGGCACGGAAGCUGCUCGCCGCUCAGCCCUUUGGCAAGAUGCUGCCCGUGGACGAGUUCUUACCCAUCAUGUUCGACCGUCACCCAAAGGAAGAGUACAUGGGCUACUUUGAGAAGAGGGAUCUCAAGGCCUUCUCGGUGGAGCCGCUGCUGCUCUUCCCCACGCACUACACAGGAGAGCCCGGCUACACCAGCGACACCGAGACCUCCACCAUCUGGGACAAUGAGAGCCUGCGAACGGAUUGGGACCGCGAGCACGCCCAGCGUAACCAUGAUGGCACACGCCCCCAAGUCCCAACCACCAGUAGCAGGGGCAGCCAGCAGGACGAACUCUGAUCCAGAGAUGUUUUUGUUUGUUUGUCUGUUUGG